AUGAACCCCCUGGUGAAUACUAAGGUUGACAAAGAAGACAACGUUUCUCAGCAGGAUGACACUACUUUUCAGCUCCUUCCUGAGAAUCUAAGAUAUGAUGAAUCCAGUCAGAGUGACCAUUUCCAAGAAGAACUAGCUGACUCCAUUCAGGAUGAAGUUAGUGACCCAGAUCUGAUGGGCAAUCUCCCAAAACUUGUCAUAACUCAGUGUAUUCAGUUCGGCAAGAAAUGUAGUGACCAGCCAGAUCUUCUACCAAGCUUCUCCAACCACACACAGCCAGCAUCCAACGAAGGCCCUACACAGCUGCAAGGAAGCGAGACACCUCUCAUUCCAAUCAAAAGAGGCCGCCGGCAGAAAAUUCAGCCAUGCCUCUACUGCAGCCACAGUGGCCAGUUCACAACUGAUGGCCUUGCCAAAAGUUCUCAAGCCCCAGCAAAGAUAAAUAACCCAACUCAUCAAGGAGCCCAGGCAAGUCACACUGUCAGUUUACCCCUUUCACCUCCAGCCUUACUGAUUUAUAUCAUGCAUUAA